UCUGUACGAACUGUAGAAUUAAUUAACAGAAUAUUUAGAUACAUUUUAUGUUUUCUUUGUUCACAUCUUUGAAAACCUUUUUUUAUUUAUAUACUAGGAAAUAUAAUAACAUGCAGGAUCCCUUAUCCCCCGCAAAUAAACCACCAGCGGAUAAUGACUUUGAGAUGGAGUGGAAUCUGUUGGGAGAAGAGUGGUCUCUUAUGUCAAUCCCAAACAUUGAGGGACCAAGUCAUUCUUCGUUCGACCCAUAUUUUGCUUUGGAUGGGGAUGAUGCCACGGACAUCAAAAAUUUGGAGCCAAGUAAGGAGACGCAGAUUCUCCAAAAAGACGGGCAUGGGAAACCGAGUAUGUUGAGGAAAUUGCUAAGUCCACCAACCUCAACGAUAACAGCCCCCACCCCCAGAGUAACGUCAGAAAAAGGGGAGUUGAGAGAGGUGGACACGUCAAAUCAAACAAGACGAACCAACAAAAGAAAGUUUGAAACUAUGGCUGGGCCAAUGGAAAGUCAAACUCAGAAUAAAGAGAACGAUUUUGUGGAAACAUUUAGACAGAAGAGACCUCAAAAGUACGCUGCGCUGGAGAGGAGGUGUAGAAGUUCUAACACCAAAAAUGAAAGACCCUUGCUGGGAGAAGAACUCUCUGCUCUCCAGCAGCUGAUAGAUUGUAUGGUCAAAGAUCUGGCCCAGUCGGCCAUCUUAGUAAAUUACAUUACAGAUUUUAUUGAAAAAAACUGUAAAAGAAGAGUGGCAUUUAAAACUCUGUGACAUUACUUUAAAGUGACCGUUUUGAAUAGAUAGAUUGUAUAUAUAAGGAUAUAUUGACUUACUUAUAGAAGAAUUGCUCUUCACCACAUGUAUUCUGUCUACUACUGUAUUAUGUUUAUAUGUAAUAAUUAUGUAUGUUAUAUGUUUUGAAAGACUCUUGCUGGGAGAAGAACUCUCUGCUCUCCAGCAGCUGAUAGACUGUAUGGUCAAAGAUCUGGCCCAGUCGGCCAUCUUAGUAAAUUACAUUACAGAUUUUAUUUAAAAAAAACUGUAAAAAAAGAGUGGCAUUUUAAAACUCUGUGACAUUACUUAAUAGUGACUGUUUUAAAUAGAUAGAUUGUAUAUAUAAGGAUAUAUUGACUUACUUAAAGAAGAAUUGCUCUUCACCACAUGUUG